AUGGCUGUCUCCAAUACGGUCAACUCGGAUACUCUCGGACCAAACGCCAUCGUAGCAGUCCGUUGGUUUUUGCCACCAACUGCUGCUGUUUAUUAUGUUACCUCAGCUUGUAUUGCUUUGGCCCUGGGUCAUCGCCAGCGUGGUGAUGACAGGCUCUUCCGGCGAAUUAGUCUAUGUUUCGCGUGCAUCAUUUGCAUCACCUAUGUCUUGAGUGCUAUUUUCCUUCUUCAUUUAUCUAUCUCAAAGGCCGCGACUAUAUCUCGUGAUAGAUUCGCAUAUGACGCAAACUCGAGUUUUAUCUGGUUCUCGCUCUUGUUUGAGCUCUCGGGUCCCCGGGUCUCGCCAUACCUUUCGCUUGCCGGAUGUUCCAUUUUAUACUGCGUCGGAGAGGUCUUCUUUUUCGUAUUGGGGGCUCCGCCUUUGCAAUCGAUAAACGACCCAUACGCAACCAUCAUCACAAUUGUCCGUGGAUUCCGCUUGACAAUACUAUCUCUCCUCGUUACUGUUUUGAUCGGGCCUUUGUUAUCCUCCAGGCGCCAGCAUAGUGAAACGUCACCUUUGCUUAGCGACGAUCCCUCGCGCCGGAACAAUAACCCCAAUGCACGGGGAGACGCCCAGUACGGUGCAAUUUCCUGGAAUCGACCCUCUUAUUCUCCGCAGGUCAAUGAUGUCGAGAGUGGAACCGACUCGUAUUUGAGAAAAACCGGCUUUCUCGUACCCUUCUUCUGGCCGCAAAAUAAGCCUCUUUUACAGUUGCUGUGUGGCAUACUGGUCAUUCUCAUGGUGAUAGAGAGGGCUUUGAUCUUUUUUGUGCCCUGGAAACUGGGACUCGCGAUUGAUUCCUUUUUGAUGAACCCUGGUACAAUCCCAUACAGAGAGAUAAUCGUAUUCGCAGGUCUCUGGCUCCUCGAAUCUAGUGGAGGUAUCCCUCAGUUAUGCAGGUGCUUGUGGUCUCCUCUCGAGGAGCACUUUUGCUUCAGGAUUGGUGCGACUACUUUCGAUAAGAUCAUGUCAUCAUCAGGCGACUUCCAUGACAAAACAAAUGCAACAAGUCUUUGGGAGACGGUCAGUCAGGUAAUAGGUGUUCGUCAUUUUGUUCGUUCAUACAUUUUUCACGUCAUUCCAACCCUCAUCGAUGCCUUGGUAGCCUUGGCAGUGCUCUCAGGGAUGUUUGGAAUGUACAUGGCGAUGAUCUUCAGCACAAUCUUUCUUGCCGUCUUGUGGGUGUCAAGCGAGAUGCUACCGAGACUUUUGAGCAGACAGGAACACCUAAUUCGUGAUAUGGAAGCCGAGCAUAAAUGUCUGUACGAGGCAACUUCCAACUGGCCGACUGUGGUUUACUUCAACCGCAUCCAGCACGAACAGCUACGCUACCGCUCGGCUCUCGCAGAUCUCAUGCACUCGUCAAUAGCGUUCUCUCUGGGUACUUUCCUGGAUUCUUUUGCCCGGUCGUGCUUGUUGUACGUCAGCUCCAUCGGACUAUUUCUUCUUGCCGCAUAUGAGAUAGCCUGGGAAAACAAGUCGGUUGGGAGUUUCGUGAUGUUGGUAUUCUACUGGGCCCGACUCUCUAAUCAUCUUCAACUUCUUCCCAGCACCAUCCGGGAUUCAGCCCUAGGUAUUCUCAACGCAUGUGACUUAGUAGCACGACUGAAAGUUGAGCCGGCCAUACGCAAUCAGAAGGAUGCGAAGCCACUGAUAGGGAACCCGGAGAAUCUCGAGUUUCGAGAUGUUAGCUUCUCCUACAAUGGAGAAAAACGUGUGUUGAGUCACGUCAGUUUUGAGGCACAAAUUGGCCAAACAAUAGCUCUCGUUGGGCCAUCAGGAAGCGGCAAAUCAACCCUAUCUAAAUUGCUUGUACGCAUGUAUGAUCCACACCAGGGCAUCAUCGCCAUUGACGGACAAAACAUUCGAGAUGUGACGUUGGAGAGCUUACGUACCAGUGUUGGCAUUGUAUCUCAGGAAACGAUCAUUCUCCACGACACUGUCAUGAAUAACAUGAGGUAUGCCAACGUUCUCGCUAGCGAAGGGCAAGUAUACGAUGCAUGCAAAGAAGUGGGACUUCAUGAACUCUUCAAUUCGCUCCCCGGGGGAUAUCAAACACUGCUCGGGGGAAAUGGCGUCAAACUAUCCUUCGGCGAGCAACAACGUCUUGCAGUUGCCCGAGUAAUAAUCAAAAAUCCAAAAAUUGUAUUUCUUGACGAAGCAACAAACAGUUUAGACCGCCAUGCUGAAUCAGUCGUUCUACAAAGCCUCAAAAAGCUUUGCGCGGUGAAGAUCACCUUCAAAGUCUCUAGUCGUCUCUCUGCAAUAAAAGAAGCAGACAAAAUCUUGGUUCUACACCAUGGUAGACUAAUCGAGCAAGGGGACCACGCCUCACUAUUGUCAGCAAAUGGUUAUUACGCCAGCCUUUGGUCUUCCCAAGUCAGGACGAAGACUCCUACCGAUUCAUCGAUGCUGACUAUGAACAAGUGGUUCUCAAAUGAACCUGGUGAGAUGAACAAUAUGCAGCAUUUGCAAGAACAGAAAAACACUCGUUUUGCUAUGGGGCCUCAUGAAAGGCUCUUUACAGACUCCUCGUCGCUACAGAGGACGAUCUGGAAGCCCGAUGCGCCGGAGUUUAUUCCGAUCUCACAUCGAUCUUCUGCAGAAACAAGCGGAGAUGCACAAUACCCUAUUCUGGAGGAUCAAUAUGCUUUAAUUCCAAAGCAGUUCCAGGAGCCCGACGAAGUUUGCAAGGAGAAUCUGCAGCAGGCUAUCCUCACACCGACAACAUCUGAGGCUUUGGUUUCUCCCGUGGAUGGUAAAGUUACCUAUUACGAGACAACGGAUGGGGAAACAGGUGACAUUGUGAGCACCCCUGUCCUCCAGCAGGUAGACAAUGGUGUCGUAUUGGCGUACCCGAGGAGGCCUCGAAAGAGGGCCAGACGAUCAAAGUACAGACCAGUGGUGCGCAGAAAACUCACUGAAAGUGAACCUACUGAUAUGAAUUUCGAUCCUGGUCAGUACCAAUUCUCGGCCUAG